AUGAGCACCACUGGCGACCAGGAGGCCCCCCUGACUGGCCUGCAGCUGGAGACGAAUUGCUACCUGGUCCAGGGCACCAAGUUCGAGGUGGACAAGCGGUACAAGAUCAUCGAGCCGAUCAGCCAGGGGGCUUACGGCAUCGUCUGUGUUGCCGAGGAGAUGGACGCGUGCGAGAGAGUGGCCGUGAAGAAGAUCGAGUGCAUCUUUGAGCACAUCACGAUCUCGAAGCGAACCCUCAGGAGGGCUCCGGAUCUUGCAGCACUUGCGCCACGAGAACAUCAUGAUGCUCAAGAACAUAUUCAUCACUGGCAAGAAGAACGAGUUCGAAGAGAUUUAUGUUGUGUCUGA